UUUAAAUACCGGUACUGUACUUCAAGUAGGCGAUGGCAUUGCUCGUAUUUAUGGUCUUGAUGAAGUAAUGGCAGGUGAAUUAGUAGAAUUUGAAGAGGGUACGAUAGGCAUUGCUCUGAAUUUGGAAUCAAAUAAUGUCGGUGUUGUAUUAAUGGGUGACGGUUUGAUGAUACAAGAGGGGAGUUCUGUAAAAGCAACAGGAAGGAUUGCUCAGAUACCCGUAAGCGAGGCUUUUUUAGGUCGUGUUAUAAAUGCACUGGCUAAACCUAUUGAUGGUCGGGGCGAAAUUUCAUCUUCUGAAUCUCGAUUAAUUGAAUCUCCUGCUCCUGGUAUUAUUUCGAGACGUUCCGUAUACGAGCCUCUUCAAACAGGACUUAUUGCUAUUGAUUCUAUGAUCCCUAUAGGGCGUGGUCAGCGAGAAUUAAUUAUUGGGGACAGACAGACCGGUAAAACAGCAGUAGCCACAGAUACUAUUCUCAAUCAACAAGGGCAAAAUGUAGUAUGCGUUUAUGUAGCUAUCGGUCAAAAAGCAUCUUCUGUGGCUCAGGUGGUGACUGCUUUACAGGAAAGGGGAGCAAUGGAAUACACUAUUGUGGUAGCUGAAACGGCGGACUCCCCUGCUACAUUACAAUACCUUGCUCCUUAUACAGGAGCAGCUCUGGCUGAAUUUUUUAUGUAUCGUGAACAACACACUUCAAUCAUUUAUGACGAUCCCUCCAAACAAGCGCAGGCUUAUCGCCAAAUGUCUCUUCUAUUACGAAGACCGCCGGGCCGCGAAGCUUAUCCGGGAGAUGUUUUUUAUUUACAUUCACGCCUUUUGGAAAGAGCCGCUAAAUCAAGUUCUCGUUUAGGUGAAGGAAGUAUGACUGCUUUACCAAUAGUUGAGACCCAAUCGGGAGAUGUUUCGGCUUAUAUUCCUACUAAUGUAAUUUCCAUUACAGAUGGACAAAUAUUCUUAUCUGCCGAUUUAUUUAAUGCUGGAAUCAGACCGGCCAUUAAUGUGGGUAUUUCUGUUUCCAGGGUAGGAUCCGCAGCUCAAAUUAAAGCCAUGAAACAAGUAGCUGGCAAAUCAAAGUUGGAAUUGGCACAAUUUGCAGAAUUAGAAGCCUUUGCACAAUUCGCUUCUGAUCUCGAUAAAGCUACUCAGAAUCAAUUGGCAAGAGGUCAGCGAUUACGUGAGUUGCUCAAACAAUCUCAAUCAUCUCCCCUUUCGGUGGAAGAACAGAUACUGACUAUUUAUACCGGAACGAACGGUUAUCUUGAUUCAUUAGAAAUCGGACAGGUAAGGAAAUUUCUUGUUGAGUUACGUACUUACUUAAAAACGAAUAAACCUCAGUUCCAAGAAAUCAUAUCAUCUACCAAGACAUUUACCGACGAAGCGGAAGCCCUUUUGAAAGAAGCUAUUCAGGAACAGAUGGAACGUUUUCUACUUCAGGAACAAGUAUAAAGAAAUACUUUGAAUCUUCAUCAAUCUUAAUUUAAUUAUAAAAUUAUAAUCUUUAUAUAAAUCUUUAGAAUUUAAAAUAUUAUAUAAUCAUUAUUAUUAUAUAAUCUUUUAAUCUUUAUAUUAUCUUUAUAAUUUAUAAUAUAUAUAAUAUAUUUUAUAUUAUGACUUGAUAUUAUAAUAUCAUGAC